AUGAGUACGCUGGCAUCCGUGCGCAGUGUAGACCUGGAACACUAUUUCGACCUGCUGGUGAUCGACGAGUGCGGCCAGGCGACAGAGCCCGCCUGCUGGCUAGCCAUCCCACUCGCCAAGCGAGUGCUGCUGGCUGGUGAUCCUCACCAGCUGCCGCCGACCAUCCUCAGCCAAGAGGCAGCCAGUGGUGGUCUGGCUGUCUCGCUGAUGGAGCGACAGAUGGGACUGCACGGGGAGGGCGUCGUCCACAUGCUGGACACCCAGUACCGCAUGCACGCGCUGAUUCAGGAGUGGUCCUCGAAGACUCUGUACGGCAGUAAGCUGAAGGCCUCGAAAAAAGUCGCCAGUCGUCAGCUGACGGACUUGCCCGGUGUGAGCAGUACGUCACGGACGCAGCAGACCCUCCUCCUUGUGGACUCGGCUGGAUGUGGUCUUAGGGAGGCACAGGAUGUGAAUACCAGCUCGCACAGCAACACUGGCGAGGCAGAACUGGUGGUUUGCCACGCGAGAUCCCUGAUCAAUGUGGGACUUCAGGCAGAGGACAUCGGCGUGAUCACCCCAUACAAGCAGCAGGUGAAGCUCAUCUCUGCCAGACUGCGCACAGCUGGAUUGAACGUGGAGGUGAACUCUGUGGACGGAUACCAGGGUCGUGAGAAGGAGGCCAUCCUGCUCUCUCUGGUGCGUUCCAACGCACGCGGUCAGGUGGGCUUCGUGGGCGACCGGCGGCGGCUGAACGUGGCAUUAUACGUCCGUGACCCGUGGCUCCAAGUCCGUCACUCAUGGUUCUGA